AUGACUAUUCCUCAGACGCAAAAGGAAUGGCGUGUCUUGCAGGGCGCCAAGGAUUUUGAUACCCUCAAAUUCAACACUCAGGCCGCUAUUCCAGAUCUCAGCGAACACGACGUUCUCAUCAGGUUCCACGCCGCCUCCCUCAACUACCGCGACCUCGCCAUCGCCAAGGGCACCUUCCCCUUCCCGUACAAAGACGACAUCGUCCCCGCCUCCGACGGCGUCGGCGAAGUGGUCGCCGUCGGCUCCCGCGUCACGCGCUUCAAGCUGGGCGACAGGGUCGCCACGCUCUUCAACCAAGCACACGUGGCAGGAUCGCUGGAUCAGCACUCCAUGGCGACCGGCGUGGGUGGCGUCCUUGACGGGGCGCUGCGCCAGUACGGCGCCUACGAUCAGGAAGGCCUGGUCCACGUGCCGAAGAAUCUGGACUGGUUGGAGGCGGCUACGCUCGGGUGUGCGGGGUUGACGGCGUGGAAUGCGUUUUAUGGGCUGCAGGGACGCCUGUUGAGGCAGGGUGAUUGGGUCGUCACGCAGGGAACGGGUGGUGUGUCCGUCUUCGCGCUGCAGUUCGCCAAGGCGGCUGGUGCGAAUGUUAUCGCGACGACCUCGUCCCCGGAAAAGGCGAGGAGGCUUAAGCAGCUCGGCGCCGACCAUGUUAUCAACUACAAGGAGACACCCAACUGGGGCGAGGCCGCAAAGCAGCUCACAGGCGGCCGCGGAGUUGACCACGUCAUCGAAGUUGGCGGUCCGAAGACUAUGGCCCAGUCCCUUAAGGCCAUUCGGAUCGACGGUCUGAUCAGCAUCAUCGGUUUUGUUGGUGGUGAAUGCGCCGAGCAGCCGACUUUCCUCGAAGCGUUGUCUAACCUUUGCACCGUUCGUGGCCUGUUCGUUGGCUCGCGUCUGCAGUUUGAGGAGAUGAACCGUGCGAUUGAGGCGAGCGAUAUUCAUCCGGUUCUGGACGAGAAGGUUUUUGGACUGGAGCAGACCAAGGAAGCGUAUCAGUACAUGCUUGAGCAGAAGCAUUUCAGCAAGAUUGUUAUCAGGAUUGACUAA